AUGAAGACGUUCUUCGCUCUCGCUUGCUUCGCCGCCGCCGCCGCCGCCCAGCGUAUCGCCAUCGGCGCGCCCGCGAGCAUGUCGACGGUCGCAGCGGGGUCGAACAUCACCGUGGAGGUGGACAAGCCCAACUCGCUGUCGGGCUCAACGGAAGUCGGCCUGGCCAUUGGUGUCCUCCCGUGCGGCAGCUCCCCCUGUUCGUCCAUCAAUGUCACCCAGUUCCUCGGCAACAUCGUCUACUCGGGCUCCUUCGACCCCCAGUACGACAGCUCGGACCCGUCGAAGCCCCCGUUCCAGAACUUCUCCAUCGAGAUCCCGUCGACGGCGACCAGCGGGCAGCAGCUCAGCAUCGGGGUCGUUCACCUGUCUAUCGUCGGGGCGAGCGGAACGCCUUUCACCGAGGUCGUGAACACGACGGUCGUGGUGCAAUGA